ACUCCGAGAGUACAGACAUGACAGCGGGUGAACGAAAACAGGAAUCGCACUGAGACACAGGACACGCGCACUCACACUCACACAUACACAGCUGUAUAUAAUUGAAGCGCCAAGUGCCAGUGUCCUAGAAAUCGAACAUCAGAAACAACGGAAAACCGAAUCGAACGCGAUAAUGGAAAAGUAAUUGGAGGGUCGGGAAACGGGAUGAUAAGACAGCGCGAUUCCGAGUGGAGGCAGAGGAAAAGUGCAAGUGAAAAGUGCCUAUAAGAAGCAGAAAAUCAAACACUCACACACACAACCGCGACACACACACGCGCGCGCACAUACACACAAAGGAAACGUCAUAUGCCAGAGGCAUUGACAGGAGCCAGUGGAAAAGCAUUUUGUGUAUCCUAUUUUGUGGCCCCAACCAGGCAGGCGAGCGUGUCCUUAGCCAUAUCCCAAGCCGAAGCCGAAGCCAACAACAACAAAACAACAAUACCACAACAACAGCAGCAAUUACACCGUGUAGUUGCUCUAUAAUGAUAGAUUUCAAAAAAUAAAUUGAGCAAAUUAUCGUAUAAAACGUGCCCUCGCCUCGAAAGUCUAAAAAUAUCCGCAGUACCCGUAGCUCCCCUCCGUGGUACCGUGCGACGCCAACUUGUCGAGGUCCUGUAAUCCUCACCGCAGACCGCCCCCGCUCCCAGCCCGCAGGAAGAAGGGUCCAAGUGGCGCAACUGACUUUAAAUUAUGCAUGCCCAUUGAUUUUCCGACCACCGUCGCCAUCAUCCAAACCGCCGUCGUUAUAUCCCCAUCAUCUAUAUUGCCAGCCUAUCCGGGCUUUGUUGUCGCAUGUUAUCAGCGGAACUAGUGUCGUCGACGGCUUUGUUGAAUGCGAGUUAUCAGCGCAGCAACGGCCCCUCGAAAGAUGAAGUUUGCCUCUCGACAACAUAUGACAAGGGCUACAUCACAGCAACAACAACAAUACCGACAACAACAACAACAGCCACAAGAGCAACAUCAGCAGCAGCAGCAGAAAAGCCGACAACAGCAACAAUGACCAAGCAAUUGACAACCAGCAUUGCCACCAAUGCAGCAUCGAGUAUAACGCAAGCGGGCGAUUUGGCGCCCACAGUUAUAUCCCCAACCACUGGAACCACCAUUGAAUCCGGAUCAGGAGUGGGAGUGGUUGCUGCUGCAGGAACAGCAGCACCCAUCACCGAGACAACAAAGACUUUGACGCAAGCUGCAGCAUCUGCCACAGCAUCGCAAACAACAACAGCAGCAGCAGCAACUACUAAACACUCGAGAAGCGAUGCCAGUGGCAGAUCAGCAGCUUUGGAACGUGCCUACGUCCACGAUGUCUACGAGCACUGCGAAGAGCCCACGGGACCCAUCCGACCCCGGAUGGCCCACUUCCUGGGGAACCUCGAGCCCGGCUCCGUGGUCUGCGACGUCGGCUGUGGCAGUGGCCGAUACCUCACCCAGUGCAACCCGUCUAUCUGCACCAUCGGCGUGGAGCGUUGCUACCGUCUGAGUAAAGUGGCCCACGAGAAAGGAGGCGAGGUGGCCUUGUGCGACAAUCUGGAGCUGCCUUUCCGGGACGACAGCUUCGAUGCAGUGCUCUCCCUAGCGGUGGUCCAUCACUUCGCCACCACCGAGCGACGCGUCCAGGCUCUGCGGGAACUAGCAAGAAUCCUGCGGAUCGGUGGGCGGGUAGUGAUAACCGUAUGGGCACUGGAGCAGCGCCACCGCCGCUUUGAAUCGCAGGACGUUCUCAUACCGUGGCAGCCACCCAAGAACCGAAACUACUCGUACUCCGAUGAGGAAGACGAUGACAAUUUCCAGCCACCCUACCAUGCAUACACAGAGGACUCUACGAAUUCCAGUCGAUCGGCUGGGGAUGGAGAUAGUUCCAGCCUGAGCUCAUCUUCCCCGGGGGAGUCCUGUUACAGCUUCGUGCGCCGCGCCAUUCAGAAACUUGCUCGCGGACGUCGUCAUGCGUGGUUUAUGGACUCGUGGUCCUCAAAGGACACAAAAAAUGACAGCAGCCUGGACUUCGAGGACGCCAAAGACCUUCCCAUCGAGCUACGUCGUCUAGAGGACUUCGAAGACUUUCCCGACCCGCCCCUCACUGCAGGAUUGAAGUCCCGCAGCCUGGGCAGCAUUCUCCAGCCGCCUCCCCGCCAGAUUGUCCGCUCCCGGUCGAGCGUCCCUAGCCUGGGAGGUCCACUAAUCCCUGGGGAAUCGAAGGCCGCUGCGGCGGCCUUGCUGCUUAAUCCUACCGAGGCUCAACAGCAGCUCCAGAUGAAUGGGAGGCAUUCGCCCACGACCACCGCUAGUGCCGGGAACACGCUAAGCCGCCGGCCCAAGCUCAUCAAACAAAAGCAGUCCUUAUGCGAUGAGGAUGCAGCGACGCCAUCCGCUGCCCCGGACGCGUUCCAAAUGGUGAGCAACUACAAUGGAGCCAAUGGGGCCGUGAGCACUAGCUUGUACCAGCGUAGUGGCUGCUAUGCGGGAAACUUUCACCAGCAUGCUUCCUCCUCGCCCUCCAACCCCGGCACUUCAGCCUCCCCCUCGGCGGUUCCAGCACAAGGAGGUGGUCCAGGUGGCUCGGGGGCAGCGCCUACAUUCUUGCGCAAGCAGAGCUCCCUGAACGAGGAACUGAUGGCCUGCAAUAGACUGCGUGAGAAGGAGCGCGUGCGGAAGCGCAUCCAGAAGCAGACCUCCCUGAAUGAAGCCUUCCUCUGCCGAUCGGCUUUGUUCUCCAAGCGGCUUCAGGUAAUCCGUGAGGGAUUCACCACUAAGAUCAAGAGCUCCACCGGCAGUCUGGAGCGGGUGACAAAAACGGGCAUCAGCAAGCUUAUCCAGAAUAUCAAGAGUGGGCCGCAAAAUAUGACGAACCCGCUCCAGAAUCCAUCCCAUGUAGACAAGAACCAGGCUCUAAACAACAACAACAAGCAUGGAAUGGCACAGGCAGGCCACCAGCAUCACCACCACCAUCACCACCACCAUCUCGCAAACAGCCACCAGUCGCACAACCACCUGUCGCACCUAAUACACGCGGCAUCCGCGCCAGCCACUACCCCGGGAGGGCCCGUGACGUACUGCAGCAUCGUGGAGUGCACCCAGGCUAAUCUUUGUCACUGCAGCCAAUACCAACAGGAGUGUCCGGCCUGUGCGGACGGCGGUCAGUGCGACAAGGCCAGACGUCAUUCCCGGGAAUCGGGAUCUGACUCCUCCAAGGACAGCAGCCUGCAGUCGGACACAAGCAUCGAGUCGGAGGACAGCUUUGCUUCCGUAAUCUUCAUACCCAAGCCGGAGCAGCACCAGCAGCAGCUCAACUACCAGCAACAGCACCAGAACUCUAACUCAAGUUCUAGUAACUCCUCCUCUAGCAACGGACAGCGAGGGGCGGGCGCGGCAGCUGGCGGCAAUCCCGGGAUGUCUGCUGGUGGAUCCCGUCUGCCACCCACACACUCUGUGCCAACCUCCCCUCUGAUCAUGCCCUGCCCCCCGACCCCGGCACACUCCCCUGCUGCCAUCCAGGGCACGGUGACCUCGCCGCCUCAAUCCACGGCAGCGGUGUCGGCAGCCAUGGCGAUACUAACGCCUCCUUCGAAGCCAGCCCGAUUCAGUUUCGACGAGGCUCACAUAAAGCAGCAGAAGGAGCAGCAAAGGGAGCAGCAUCUGGAGAACCUGAAAGAGCAGCAGAAGGGACAACUUAAGGAGCAAAAGGAAGCGCAAAAAGAGGAGCGCAAGGAGCAGCCACCCAAGGAACCCAAAGAAACAAAAAAGGUACCAUCCCCCAUCCAUCGGAUAACCCGGCAGGCCAUACGGGACUUGCCACCCAUUCCCAAGUUCCGGAAGCAGCAAUCCCUGCAAUUGCAACGCCAAAGUUUUCCCAUUAUCCGGAGAGCUUCCGGCUCGGGAAUUUCUGCCUCGUGCUCUUCCUCAUCGCUGGCCAGCAAGCUGCUCUCCCUGGAACUUUUUAACCCAGCCACCGAUGACCUGGACAGUGACUCCAGUGAGCCCUCCUCCCCCGAUUCCAUUGACAGUGUGAUUAGUGCACCGCGAUCGGCCAAGGUGCCCUCAGGAAGCGGUGAGGGUGGCGAAGGAUCGGCCAACUCCAACUCUGCUUCUCAAGACGAGGGAGAGCCCAGUCUGGCGAAGAUAAUUAGCAUUCAGCAGGAGCAAUACCACAAGGGAGAGUUGCAGAUCAGCAACAGUUCUUGCUCGCAGAAAGCUCCCGAGGACGACAUAAUCCUGAAUGCGGACAGUGCGCCCCUGCUUCCGGAAAAGCGGGAGGCGGCUAAUCAACAGCAGGAUUGUGCCGAGUUCGCCGAGCAACUAACAGCCCAGCUGCAACGGGAACUGGACGACAAGAGCAAUCGCACAGAGUGCCGGUAUCUAGACGGGAUCGGGAUGGGUGACCUGUCCGAGAUAUUCGGUGGCGGCAAGAAGCGUUCUAACGGCGAUCUGAGCGCCUUUCGUGACGAGCUCCGGGAACGUCGGCUUAUGCUGGCCAAUCUCUCCACCCAGCCCAGUCUCCAGCAAUCGCCGGUGAGCUCAUCAACCUCUUCCCUGUCCUCGCAGACCCGCAGCUUCACCAUCCAGGAGGAGGACGGCGAGGAGGAAGAGGAGGAGGAGAACGAGUCGAGCUAUUCGCUAGGCGUGUACGAGCACUGCAAGAUCUCCAAGUUCAGCUAUAAGCGAAAUCGCCACUACCAACUGAACCCGGAAACAGCCUAUCUGCUGCAGGACGACGGCGACAGUGAUGUGAGGGAAGAGGAUGAGGACGAUGUUAUACCGGAGGAGGAGGAGCAGGAGGAGCCGGAUGAGCAGGCCGAAGCAGAGGCCUUGGAAGCCAGGGGUGGAGAUCAACUGGGCGAGGGCAUGGCGGAUUACGGUCAGCGGCGCCGUCACAUGGCCGCCUUGAAGGUGCAAUCACCUGUGGCCCCACAGCAGCACAAUCAACAGCAACAGCAGACUCAGCAGCAGCAGCAGCCCCAGGAGCACACUAUGCAGCAGCGUCACUCCUCCGAUUCACUGGAGCACUCGAACAGCUCCACAAACUCCCUGGACAGUCCCUCUCAAGGCGGGUCCAGCACUCACCAUCGCUACUACCACGUGUUCCGCGAGGGCGAGCUGGACGCACUGAUCAACCAUCACGUGGCCAGCCUGCACAUCGUCAGUUCCUACUACGAGCGUGCCAGCUGGUGCGUGGUGGCCGAAAAGGUCCAGGUGUGGACCAUCUAAAGCACU